AUGCUGGCCGCAACAGUUUUCACGGUAAUCAUUGCGGCUUUUGGUCCAAUAACGUGUUUUGAAGAAAGUUUUUAUUGGCGAUGUCCAGACGAAGAAUUCCAGGGUCCGGGAUAUGCGUUGGGUUGCAGUUACCUUUGCAUAAGUGGCCACAAACCAGACAAAAAAACGUAUUACGGUUAUUACAAAGAUGCUACCGUGUGUGUGGAUCUUACAGGUGGGGACCCUGAACUGUUUAAUCAUGUUGGGACAUGCAAAAAUGGAAAAUGCGUUCAAUAUGCAGGAGCGAACAUUGAAGAAGUAUGGAGCACUCUCCCCGAGACGCAACGCCAGUUUCAUGAUUGCAACAUCAAAUCAAGCCCGUAUCCCGUGGGAAAAUGCAUGCAUAUCUGCAAGAAAAAUACUCCAUAUGGAAAGUCUGGAUAUUUCUUCGGGGCCUACCAGGAUUAUAGUGCCUGCAUUGUGAACGGCAAGACCGGCGAAUGCAAAAGUGGACUGUGUGUUCCAAUUAGAGGGAGAUAUCCCAUUGAAAACUGAGGCUUAAGUCCUCGCUCACGAAAGUCAAAUUUAAUAAGAAAAUAUCCUGCUUUGUUUUAACUUAGACUUUUUUUCUAAACACAGA